UCCCACCCCUCUUUCCUUGCCGCAUACCUCCAAUGCAGAAGAGUGCCCCCUCCACCCCCUUUUCCAGCCACAGGGACUAAAAAGGGAAGCAAUGGGAACGUGUUGGACGGCCCUCCCAAGAACAUGCAAGCAGUGCAACUGUGAGCUGCUUAGAGGGAGAGCCCCGCAUGGGGCUGGAAGGGGCUCCUAAAACACCAUGGAGAUGGUUUCGAGUUUUGGAUCAUUCUGCACCCCAAGGAGUUGUGAUCCUGCCAUGGAUGCUUCCGAAUGGCCGGAGGAGGUCUCAGCAUCUUGUUCAGAAGGCUACUAUCCAGUGACUCAAGGAGAAGUGUUCAAUGGAAGAUACCAAGUGGUACAGAAUCUGGGGUGCGGCUACUUCUCGACUGUCUGGCUUUGCCAGGACAUGGGGAAGAAGAGGUGUGUGGCUGUGAAGGUGCCCAAGGGAGGGGAGAAUUUCGCUGAGGCGGCCCUGGAUGAAGUCAUGCUCCUGCGCUGUGUGAACAGCAAGAGAAGAAAAGAGCAAGCUGAAGAUCACAUCAUCCGCUUGCUGGAUGAUUUCAAAAUGAUUGGAGAGAAUGGCUUUCAUGUGUGCUUAGUGUUUGAGCUGCUGGGUCCUUCGCUCCAGUCCUUGCUGAGCUGCCCAGGAAUCCAGGGUCUCCCCUUGCCUUUUGUCAAGAAAGUGACACAUCAGGUGCUCAAAGGCUUGCAUUUCCUGCACAAGGAGUGCCGCAUCAUCCAUGCAGACAUCAAACCAGAGAACAUCCUGCUGUAUGUUACGGAAGAAAGCCUGAAGACCCUCCUGCACAACAUGGUCUCUUCUAGUGAAGGAACAAAGCCACAGAGGCCAGAUGACAUGGCCGUUCUCUUGGAUUGUUGCAACCUCAUGAAGAUGGGAGUCAAAAUUGCAGACCUGGGAAGCGCCUGCUGGACUUACAAGUCCUUCUCCAAAAAGAUCCAGACCCAGCCCUACAGAGCCCUGGAGGUCCUUCUUGGAUUAGAUUAUGGCACCCCGGCUGAUAUCUGGAGCACAGCAUGCCUGGCUUUUGAGCUGGCAACCGGAGAGCAUCUCUUUGAACCUCAGGCUGGACGGUAUUUCUCUAGAGAUGAUGACCAUGUGGCUCGGAUCAUUGAACUCCUAGGCAGAAUUCCCCCCCAAAUUGCUUUGUUCUGGAAGCAGGCAUCGGGUUUCUUCAGCAGAAAAGGUGCCCUUCUGCGGCUGUCUAGGAUCUCCUCCUACGACCUAUAUCAUCUCCUCACUGAUAAAUACCGGUGGCCAAAGCACCAGGCAGCCCCAUUCACCAACUUUCUCCUGCCAAUGCUUGAGUACGCACCAGCAAGGAGGGCACCAGCUGAGAGAUGCCUUCAACAUCCUUGGCUCAGUACUUAGUCACCAUUGUACCCUGAUCCUACUGCUCUUUGCCAUGGCUGGCUAUGUCUGUGAUGGGGACAGGUGAUGGAAUCUCAGUUCUCAGGAGGUGAUGUAAUGCCAGGAUGCCUAUCUGCUGCCUACAAGAGAUGGGGCAAUGAAAUAGUCCGGGCAAUGCCUCCUCUUGCCCACCUCUACAAAUCAAGUUCUUUAGGAUUGUCUUUCCACUAGCACCAUGUGAUGUGAAGACAGAUGUCACAGAAGAAGAAAUUAGCUUCAUCCAAGGAAUGAGCUAGGCUUCCUCCCAGUUUCACAACUAUGGUGAAUGGCAUCAUAGUAGCAAACUCAAAACUGGCUCAGCUGGCAAUCUUGCCCCUUCCCAUGUGGUUCAAGCAGGUGUGAUGACCUUAGCCCCGUCCUUCACUCAGACACAGGAAUUUCCCUUCAUUUUUUCUUCCUUUCUGGCUGAGCAGCCCUUUAUUUAUUUUCAUGUAUUUAUGAAGUUUUAUGGCUGUCCCACCCUAUCACAGUAUUAUAUUCUGAUGCUGGCUCAACCCAGGAACUUGAGGGAAAGAAACAAGAUCACCACCUUUAACUUAAACCUCUAAAAAUGGCACAAAGUUUUUUGAAGUUCAGAAAGAAAAUAUUUUAUUCAACAUAGUGGGGGGAAGUCAGGUGAAAUCAGAGGUAAUAUAUCUGAGGAGAAUCAAAUAUAACAUCACAAACUUCAGUUCAUAUGUUUCCAGUAAGUGAAAGUUCUUGAGCUUUUCAUAAAUCUUAGAAUCUUAGGGAUGAGAAGCUUUAGUUUCAGUUUUUCCUAAACACUCCAGUUCACUUCUUGAGUUUAUCUGACUCGUCAGGUUUCAUAAGGCAGGGAUACACUACCAAGUACCCAAAUUCCUUCUCUAAACACAUCAGGGAUCACUCCACUAUUUGAGCUAUCUCCGUUUCCAACUGGGCAGGGAAUCACUUAUCUAAUAAGAUCUGUCCCUUUUCCUGACCUGAAUAGGAGUCUUCACCAGUCCUCCCACUCCUCCUUGCCAACCUUCGCAGUCCUCAGUCAGUGUUAAACCUUUCUCAGUCAGUGCUAAACUCUCCUCAGUCAGAGCUAAACUAUUCCAGUUCUCAGUCAGAGCUAAACUGAGCUAUUUUCAGCCAUCAGUUCCCAAGUCUUUCUGCUCAGCUGAUGCUAACCAAACAAAUCUUUUUGAAUAGCCUGUCACUCAAGGCUCUCUGUGAGGCAUUAACUCUCCACAGUCCUUCACAUGUUUACACAGCACUUAUGAGCUUUUACAGCAUAGUCUGCCACAGCACAUUAUUCACUUUUAAAACAUAAAUAAUUGCUUCAUUUUUUAAAAAAAACUUAACAUUUACUGCUUUAGAGAAAAGGGGUUUCUAGCAAUAUCACAAGGGGGCACUGAAUCAGACCUCUGUACAGCCAGUUUUUGCUUCAAAUUUACAAAACUAUUUCUCCCUCCGGACUUUGACUUUGCAGAGGAAAGGGAUAUUUGGAUAGAAUGCAGUGAGCAGCGCCCCCUGUUUAAAAAAAAUUACAUGUCUUCACCCAUGGUCUCAGCCUUCCCACACUUGGCUGGUCUUGUGCAAUUUUGUGAGAAAUCUUGUGGCUCUGUCGCAUACAUCGUACCUCAUCCUUUACUCUUACCUGAUUGGUGCUGGUAUGAUGUUGCACACAUCAUACCUCAUCCCUUACAGUUACCUUACUGGUGCUCCAAUUUUGGUUUUCUUAAUGUGAAAGUUAGCACUUCAUAAAACUGGUACUAACC